GGGCAAGUCACGUGGUGUGUCGGAGGGGGGUGGAAGACCUGCGGUGUAAAGUUUGUGUCAUGGCAGGAAGAAGAAGAGGAGGAAUACGGCAGAAGACCACACGGUGAUUGUUGGCGUCCAGCAAGCGAGGUUAGCGUAGCGCUAAGCUGCAGUCCGACUCUGCGCCGCCACCUGCCGGCCAGGCGCCUUGGCAAAAGGAGCGCUUGACGGUCGCGGCGCGGAGACGCACUGUGGACUCUGCUAGCAUGGAGAAAUCUGGGUAACGUCUUCCGUGGUGGCUUUUGUGGGACCACCGUCAGACUCAUGUCCUAUGGGGGAGACUUUCAUGGACGCACUGAGCGUGUCCGCCAGGCGCCGCACUACGACCAGGUUCCGCAGGGCUCGUUACCGCGGGACAACUUUUACGAUCCAGACCCUGUCACCAAGCAGGCGGCGCCUUAUUUGGCCCUCAGCUCUGACCCGCUCCCACCUCCGCCUCUGCCCGUCCAGCCCCCCAUCGGGCCAGAGUUUGACCGCAGAGGCAGCGAGUACGCCACCGACCUUGAGUCGGAAAUAGACCCGGCCCUAGACAUCAAACCGGUCCACCGCUUCAUCCCCGACUCGUGGAAGAACUUCUUCCGGACAAGCAACCGCAGCAGCAACAAGGAAGCGGCCUCGUCAUGUAACAACAACAACAGCACCAGCGAGGGCGUUCGCUGCUCGCCGCCACCGUCUGUUCCUGGAUCCUACCGUGACCCGUAUGGGGGCUCGGCCGGCAGCUACAACUCCGGCAAGGAGCUCCUGGAACUAGGCGACAUUCAGUCGAUGUCAGGCCGCACGUACCGCACGGCGCAGACAUACAGCGAGCGCGUGGAGGAGUACAAUCAGCGCUACGCCUUCAUGAAGUCCUGGGCGGGGCUGCUGAGGAUUCUGGGAUGCGUGGAGCUCCUACUGGGCGCCGUCGUCUUCGCCUGCGUGUGCGCGUACAUCCACAAGGACAACGAGUGGUUCAACAUGUUCGCUUACUCGUCUCCCGGAGCCGGUGUCUUUGGCAACGGGGCCAGCGGGUCUUACUACACGGGCCCCAAAACGCCGUUUGUGCUGGUGGUGGCGGGCCUGGCCUGGCUGGUGACGGUCAUAGUGCUGGUGCUGGGCAUGACCAUGUACUACCGCACCAUCCUGCUGGACUCCAGCUGGUGGCCGCUGACAGAGUUCAUCAUCAACCUGGCGCUCGCCGUGCUCUACAUGGCCGCAGGCAUCGUGUACGUGCGAGACACAACGCGAGGGGGGCUCUGCUCCUCCCCUUUCUUCAACAACGGCCCCAGCGCCGCAUUCUGCAGGACGGACGCGGGCCAGACCGCCGCCAUCAUCUUCCUCUUCCUCAACAUGGUUAUCUACCUGAUUGGCGCCGGCGUGUGCCUCAAGCUGUGGAGGCACGAAGCGGCACGCCGUUACCGCGAGCAGAACGCCAGGGAGAUGCAGCAGUCGGAGUUCGGAGCGGUCCAGUCGCUGCUGGUUCCUGUGGCGGCGUCCGGUGCCAAGAGUCCUCGACAGGAAUCGUCCAUCGCGUCCUUCCAAGACGCCCCUCGCGUCGCUAUCGCUCCAAAGGUCCUGCAGGGGGCGAUACCGUCUGGUCACAUUCCCAAACCUGUCAUCGUGCCCGACUACAUCGCGAAGUACCCCACCGUCCGCUCAGACGAGGAGCGAGACCAGUACCGGGCAGUGUUCAACGACCAGUACGCCGAGUACAAGGAGCUGCAUGCCGAGGUGCAGGUGGCGUGCAGGAAGUUCGACGAGAUGGACGGGAUGAUGCGCAACCUUCCUCAGCAACCCGGCAGCCAAAUGGAAGUGGAGCGCAUCAACAGAAUCCUGGAGGAAUACCAGAGGAAGAAAAACGACCCCACCUUCCUGGAGAAGAAGGAGCGCUGCGACUACCUGAAGAACAAACUGUCACACAUCAAACAGAAGAUUCAGGAAUACGACAAAGUCAUGGAAUGGAACGACGGCUUCAGCUGAAACGCUGUCUACGUUUUUUGCUUUUUUUUAUAUUUUUUUUUUACGUGUGAACUUGACGUGGAGCUGAAAACCAAACGUCUUUUUGUCCUUGGACACAAUCUUUGUCUUUUUACAUUUUGUUCUACCAUUUCACACGUCAAGCCUCUCCUACUUGACACAUAAACAGUGUCAGCCAUCUUUUUUUCCCCUCAUCUCGUCGUUGUGCUUCAGUGACGUAAACAUGAAGCCACUUUACUUUCAAAACUCAUUUGAAGAUAUUCAACACUCUACUGUCAUCUGGCGGCUAAAGUGAAAAGUGCACCCCACAAUUUGUCACGUUUCAUGUGUUGGGCAAACCUUGACGAGUGGGACCAUAUGAAUCCACUUCCUGCUGUAUGAUUCUAAUUGCAGCUCCACUAAUGUGAUGAUUUGAUGCUUUCCUGUCCUGAAUAUGAAGCUAACAUUUUUUUUUAUCGUGACGUAUGAAUCUAAACACCCAAUAAAGCUUACUAAACAGGUGUGCAAAAUAUCGUGUUGAUUCAUUCC